ACGCUGAGGCGUUUUCUCUCUGUACCUAUGACUAACAUCAGCCUGGUUUUGUCUCCUGUGUUGCCUCUGACUAGCUUCGGCAAUGUGUUAAUGUUUCUUUUCAACAUCACUUUGGCAGCUGCGAUCAUCUACCUGAACGUGUCUGUGUUUUUCUCCAUUCUUCUGAGCAGGUCCCUGCGCAGCGAGAACCGCUUCAUGUACAUGCUGAGCACCUGCCUCAGCGACAUCUGCACCGGCGUCUCUUAUUACUACGUCGGUGCGCUAGAUGUGAAAGAUCAUUACAGGUCCCCAACCCGAACGUUUUACAUCGCGCCUACAUUCCUGGGCCUGUCGUUCAUGGCCAUCCUGGCUGCACAGGCGGACCGGUACAAUGCCAUCAGUUCUCCCUUUAAAUACUCCCAGCGCAUGACCAGAAACAGAACCCUAGUUGUUAUCGUAGCCUACUGGUUCUAUGCGUUCUUCAUCGUGGGUGUGCAGAACCUGGUCCCGGUAGGGAUAGCCACCACGGUCACCAGUAUUGGUACAUUUAUCGGAAAUGUAUUCGUUGUGGUUAUAAUGAUAGGACUGAACAUCAGGCUGUUCAUCAUCGCCACCUUCCAGCUGGGCAGAGAGCCGCCCUCUGAGGAGAGGGACAGCAAGCGCUCCUCGGUCUACCUCAUACUGCUGGUGGCUAUGUUUUUCCUGGUGGCCUGGAUCCCCUUGUUUUGUCAUAUUAUCGUCUGCCAUUUCCUUGGUACGACCUGCUAUUCAUUUAGGAAUGAAGGCACUGAUCCCCUUCGGAUUUUGCCCAGAGUCAACGCUGCGCUCACUCCUGUUCUCUACCUCAGAGGGUGCAAAGCGCUCAGAGUGGCGCUCUUUUCCACAGUGUGGAGACCCUGUUGUAGAAACAGGUUGCUUCACCGACAGCUUGGUCCAUCUAAGUAUCCUGUUCCAGCCUAAUUUAGCAGAUGGAUUUUUAGGUCAGCACUGUCUUCCACGUCU